CAUUCAAAGAGACCAUCACAAAGACACCAGUGAAGGAGGAAGACGCCACUAGCGAAAUGCUGAAGCCUUGCAUAAGCAAAGUGAUCGUUUUAGUGCCUUUAAUGCUUCUAGUUGGGCUUAUUUCUACCAAGCCAGCUACAGCUGAAGAAGAAUCAGGAACAACAAUCCCUGCUGAAAGUCGCCCAUGUGUUGACUGCCAUGCGUUUGAAUUCAUGCAGAGGGCUUUGCAAGAUUUAAAGAAAACGGCAUACAACUUAGACUCACGGACGGAGACCUUGCUUUUUAAAGUGGAGAAGAGGACUCUGUGUGACUGUUUAACUGCAAAUGCAUUGAACUGAA